AUGCCGGUCAUUCCGAGGAAAAAACAUCUUAAAUAUCCUAAAAUAUUACAUCUCCUGACUAAGCAUGUCUUUACCUACAAAUCAGGGUGGCGUACAAGUAUUAGUUACUACGAAUGCAUAAAAAAGAACUCUGACCAUUGCAAAGUGCGAGGUAAAUUGGUCAAUGGCGAGGAGUUCAUUGUGAUCGAAGGAGCUGUCCAUCGUCACACCCCAGACGAACAGUAUUUACACGUUGAAGCAUUCAACGACGAAUUACAUCAAAGAGUGACGAAUUCAUUAGCAGAUUUUCGGCUGAUUUAUGAUGAUUUAGCUAGCGAGAUUUCGCCUCAUAUGUCAUCUACAACCCGUUAAAGUAGCUCUACCCUUACGGUAAAUUAAAAGAUUAUAGAAAACUGCAAAAAAA